AUGGCGAGCGAGAGAAUGCUAGAGCGUGGACGACGAUGCCCUAGGGUCGCGUUGAGAGCGCGCGCGCGCUUUCGAUUUUUCUUCUUUCCCGCCUUAUGCGACGCAAUUCAAGCGAGGUCAUAUGAAAUGAAAGAGCAGGCAAAAAGUUUAGGGUUUAAGGAGGAGAUGGUGGUGGUGGCGACGGGCGCCCUCCCUGCUCCCACGGGAUUAGGGCUUGGGCGCAGCAGCAGCAGCAGGGAGAGGAGGAGGACGAGGAGGAGCAGCGGGCAGAUCCGCGCGGUAUUGCAGUGGAAUCGGCGGCCGGAGCUGGCUGGGAGCCGACCCCGGGUUGUGGUGGUGACAUCGGGCAAAGGCGGCGUGGGCAAGACGACGGUGACUGCGAAUCUAGGUAUGUGCUUGGCGCGGCUCGACUUCAGCGUGGUUGCCAUCGACGCGGACGUGGGGCUGCGCAACUUGGAUCUGCUGCUGGGCCUGGAGAAUCGCGUCAACUACACGGCAAUGGAGGUGCUCAACGGCGAAUGCCGGCUGGAUCAAGCGCUGGUCCGCGACAAGCGAUGGACAAACUUGGAGCUCCUGUGCAUCAACAAGCCCCGCUACAAGAUGCCCAUGGGAUUCGGCGGCAAGGCACUGACGUGGCUCGUGGACGCGCUCAAGCAGCGCCCCGACGGAUGCCCCGACUUCAUCCUCAUCGACUGCCCCGCGGGGAUCGACGCCGGUUUCAUCACCGCCAUCACACCGGCUAACGAGGCCGUGCUCGUCACCACCCCGGACAUCACCAGCCUGCGAGACGCGGAUCGCGUCACGGGUCUGUUGGAGUGCGACGAUAUCAAGGACAUCAAGAUGAUCGUCAACCGGGUGAGGAGCGACAUGAUCAAGGGGGAGGACAUGAUGUCGGUGCUGGAUGUCCAGGAGAUGCUGGGCUUGCCGCUGCUUGGUGUCGUUCCAGAGGACUCGGAGGUGAUCAAGAGCACCAACCGGGGGUACCCGCUAGUGCUCAAGAAGCCUCCGACUCUGGCCGGACUGGCAUUGGAACAGGCGGCUUGGAGACUGGUGGAGAAGGACAGCAUGAAGGCGGUGCUCAUCGAGGAGACUCGACCCAAGAGAGGAUUCCUGCCUUUCAUGGGAGGCUAGCUCAGAUCUGCAGGGGAACGUCUUCUUAAGGUCGCGAUUAAGUACCGGUAAAUACACUGCCCAGGAUGAUGAGGAAGGGAUUUUAAAGCACAUUGGAUUGGAGGCCAACAGAUAAUAAGUGGACG